ACUGUGGGAGAGCGGAUAUAGUGAAUGCGCGGUCCGGGGAGAGUGGAUAUAGUGAAUGCGGGGUCCGGGGAGAGCAGAUAUAGUGAAUGCAGGGUCCGGGGGAGAGCGGAUAUAGUGAAUGAGGGGUCCGGGGAGAGCGGAUAUAGGUGAAUGCGGGGUCCGGGGAGAGCGGAUAUAGUGAAUGCGGGGUCCAGGGGAGCGGAUAUAGUGAAUGCGGGGUCUGGGGAGACCAGAUAUAGUGAAUGCGGGGGGAGGGGAUAUAGUGAAUGAGGGGUCCGGGGAGAGCGGAUAUAGUGAAUGCGGGGUCCGGGGAGAGCGGAUAUAGUGAAUGCGGGGUCCAGGGGAGCGGAUAUAGUGAAUGCGGGGUCUGGGGAGACCAGGAUAUAGUGAAUGCGGGGUCCGGGGAGAGUGGAUAUAGUGAAUGCGGGGGUCCGGGGAGAGCGGAU